AGUGUUGGGCCCAAGAGAAUGACCUGGGCCCUAGAGAAACAGAAGAAGAGGGAGGAAGUGUGAAGACCUCACCAUUUGGUAAACGUGUGAAGGCACCUUCACCUAUAUAAUGCACAAGGAGACAAACGCAGAGGCAUUAGAAGAGAAGACAAGGAACGUAACAUUCACCAUUGGAUGAGUGGAAACAGACAGUAAAGAAGAUAGAAGCCAUUGAAACCAUUACUCCAUUAUGAAAGAUCAAUUAGCGAGGUGCUAAUUUGAUACUGAUAACUCUAAAAGUAAAGCAAGGAGAAAAGGACAUCUCAAGAACGAUGCUGGGUGUGGAAAUGUACCCUAGUUUGGCCCUGGGACCUCAAAGACUGGGCGAAUGCUUUUACAGAGAUUGUGAACCCCCAGCACAUGUGCCAUUGUACCCUACUACAUGUGAUAUGGCAGCUCGUGGGCUUCCCGCUCGACUGUUGCAGCCGCCUCCUGCCACUGCAGUGACUCCUGUCAAUCCUCAGGAUAAUGUCAAAAUGGAGCUUGAGAAUGCAUCAUUGUGGAAACAGUUCAGCACAGCUGGCACAGAGAUGAUUGUCACUAAGAAGGGCAGGAGAAUGUUUCCACAGCUGCGUUUGAAGUUGUCAGGGUUGACUCCAUCCCUGCGUUACAUUCUCCUCUUAGACAUUGUACCUGUUGAUUCCUCUCGCUAUCGUUUCCAAGACAACAGCUGGCAGGUGGUAGGCGGGGCAGAGGCUCGACUGCCAGACCGUGUCUUCAUCCACCCCGACUCACCUGCGACUGGAGAACACUGGCAGAACCGCACCAUAUCCUUCCACAGGGCCAAACUCACCAACAACACUCUGGAUACACAAGGAUAUAUCAUCCUCCACUCCCUGCAUCGAUAUCAGCCACGUGUCCAUGUGAUUGAGGCCCGAGAUGUGCUGAUUUGGGGAAAAACCCAGCACUCCUUCACCUUUCCUGAAACACAGUUUAUUACAGUCACUGCGUAUCAGAACAAUAAGAUCACUGAACUGAAGAUCAACUCCAAUCCAUUUGCAAAAGGCUUUAGAGAGAAUGGCAUGAACUGUAAGAAACAAAGGGAGUCAAGGCUAAAGAGGAAAAUAACAUCCAAUCAAGAGGAGUCCUUGGAUAUUGAGACAUGUGACCCAUGUGAUUCCACUGAGCUCCUCCCACAGUCUGUAGAACUCCCAAGCACCGCCCUCUCCAUCAUAAAUCCUGCUCUCCCAAUUACAGACUCUGGCUAUCAUACAGAAGUACCAUCUCUCCCAGAACAGACAGUCUCUUACCAACCGCUUGUCCUCAGUCAGUCGUUCUCUGAGAUGUCUGACAUUCCCACCUCAAUGGGGAGUCAACCUCAAACAACCUCUGAAAAUAAUGUAAAAAACAAGCUGAUGGAUGGGUCUGACCAAAUGAUGGGCCUUUCUGGAUACACGUCAACUUUUCCAACCCCUCAGCUCAGCUCCUCAGCCCACUCGUCAGUACCUUUGCCUCAGUCAUCUUCCAUCUAUUCCAUAGUGUCCUCCACACAGAACUCUGACCUUCCUCAGCCCUCCAUAAUUUCCUCUCCACCCUCUUUGCCAGCAUAUUCCUCUAUUCCUUCAUCAGACUAUCCUCUAAAUUCCUCCACAACUAUGCCCUCCACUAUGACCUCUCCCCUUGGCUCUACAUACCCUCCCAUCACUCAUUCCACCCGUCCACACCUUCUCCCCUCUUCACCCUAUCAGGAAAACCUGAGUCCUCAUACACCUAUGAAUCCACCAUUCCAAUCUAUUCAUCCCUCCUCUUGUCAAGGGUUAACAAUCGACCCUGGUCAAAAUCAGGUGGAUGCUGGUGGAUUAAGCUCCUCCAAUGCAGCAACUCCCGCUGUCCAAGACCUGACCCAAACAGCCUUUCCCUUCCCCCCAGUGCAGUCCUCGAGCAAUCCUGACCCGACAACUCCUCCAUACCAAAAUUUGCCCCAAUCUGCCCCACUGUACCACGCUGUGGCACAGUGCCACCCUAACCCUAUUCCCACUCCGUCUGACCCAAAUACAACUCCAACUGCGUUCCCCUUCCCUCCUGCAGCACAGACCACCCCAAACGAUAUGAUCACUCCAUCCAAUCCAAACCCAACUGUCUUCCCCUUUCCCCCUGUUCAACAGAACCCUAGCCUUCACUCAAGCCCCCAUGGACCUACUCAAAUUCCAGCAGCUGGUUCUUUUCCAGUUUCCCAACCAUCAACCACCUCAUGUCUGAGCACUACCCCAACAAUUUCAAAUCUAACAAGUGGAUCCUUCUUCUCUUCCAACAAUGUUGUCCAUCAAGGCCCACUGCAAUACAACACACUGCACCCCAACACAGCAUACCCGGUUCCCUCAUUCCCUGUAUCUUUACCCAAACACACCAGUUCUGGUUCUUUCUCUAACCCUACUCCAAUGGCUCACACCUCUUACUCCUUCCCUACUCCUAUUCCAUCUGGUCCACAUCCACUUCAGAGCCUGGCUCUGCCUUCAUCCGGCUCCAUCCAUAGUGUUCCUGCAAUUCCGAACAUGACCCAGAUUCAGCCUACCUUCCCUCAGUCGUACCCUAAUCCCACCUUCCCUCACAUCCUGCCCCAAGCUGCAAACCCCUCUCAGACAUUUCUUUCCAUUCAGUCUUCAGGCACCUCUCAAUUACUGCACCCUUCCCUUGCAAAUCUCUCUGUUCCUCAAGUCUCAGCCCAUCCACAAUGCUCUGCCUCUUCAAAUGCAUACCCUGCUGUAGCUCCUACUGAGAUCGGCACCUUCUCUCCGCUCAAUUCCGCUGCCCCCUAUCUACCAGAUAUGGUACUACACCCUUCCUUGCUCCCUCCUCUGGAUCCCUCAAACUCAACCACUGCUCCACCAUCCCUUUAUAACCCCUUUCCUUCCUACUCACUGCGUCUUUGCCAGGACCCUCGAUCCUCCCUGCAUUUACCCCUCAGGCAUAUUUAUAGACAGCCACAGCAUACCCACACUCAUGGUCAGGGGUCUUACUUUGAUCUUGGAGGAAGAUCAGUAUUCUGAGGAUAAACAGAAAAACGACAUGUAAGAGGUUUUUCAAGGACCUGAACAUGACUGAGAUUUAUUCAUCAACGAAUUGAAAAGGACUUCAGUGCUUGAAGACGAUGGAAACACUGCAAAUUUUGUUAAACAGCCAUCAUUUCAUGACUGCAAUUUCAAAUGUAAAACUGUUUGGGGUUUAUGGCAGCUCAGCAGAAAAAGAAGACAUUUUGUAUUGUUUGUUUGUUUUUGUUUUUUUUUUGUUUUUUUUGGAGUAUUAUAAGUAUUAUAUUACAGAUAAUUAGCAGUGCUGUAUAUUUUUCUUAAUCCUAUUUGUAUGUUUAUAAAGUAUGAUUGA